CCAGUUCAUCCUUUCAUCCUUAUCCAACGCCCUAAACGUCUACCAUAUAGACCUUCGAUCUCUGAAUUCGACAAUGUCUGUAGUUGGCAACUCGUCCUCAUCUUCGACACUCAACCAUGCGUGGACAAAGUGCGAUUUUGUGAAGGAAACCUCGAUGUGGGAGCCAGAGCCACGGCAUUGACACUACCUUUAGGUGAUAUUUACAUUUUGGACACUACUAGUCUUGAAAGUACAGGUCCUAUCAGUGACCCCAAACGACGAACAGAUUGCAUCCAUACAAAAAUGCUUCUUAAAGCCUCAGAUAGUCUUUUCUUACUUUUCAAGAAAUCCACAAAAGUCUAUUCCAUCUAUUGGUUAGACAAGGAGUACUCAUCUACAGGAAAACGAGCCAACGCCGAAGACACAAGCAUCUUUGAAUACAACCUCAGCAGUUUCGCGCGACAUCUAGUGGAUGUACGAAUAGAUUCAGAAUGCGAAGCAAUCAAGAUGAAAAGCGGAUGCCUCAUGAUGGUCACAGCUCGACCGACUCUCCACGUUUUCGAUUUGAAUUUGACCCUCUCUGGACCCCACCCGAGCGAAUUGGCACCCAUUACGGAAUGCGAUUUCACAUUUGCCAUUAAUAAUACUUCACCCAAUCAAUACAUUGCCACAAGCUGUAUCGACUUUGACGAGCAGCGCAUAUUUCAUUGCACAGACGUUGGGUUUCGCAUCGUCAGCCGUACCACACUCGAG